AUGCGCUUAGUUCUGAGGAAUAUAUUGAGAGUGAGAGGACCUAACGUGGGUGCUAGAAGAUUACUGAAUGUAGACAGAACGCCUGGUCCACCACGGUUACCAAAGGAGGAUCAAGAGGAGUUCGAAAGGCUACAGAAAAUUGCACAAAGCCAGGACGCAAUUGAUGAGUACAAUCGCAAGCUUGAAAAUGAUCCCACCAAGGAGAGUUUGAAAUCAUCUAUAUUGACGAAGAAUGAUAUCGGUUCGUUCUCACCGGAGUUUUCCAAGACUAUACCAGAGUUUGAAGGGGAGAGAAAUCCAGUUACUGGAGAGAUUGGGGGACCUAAACAGGAUCCCUUAAGGCACGGAGAUUACUCGUUCAAUGGCAGAGUUACAGAUUUUUAG